CAUCUCAGUACGUGAGUGGGCGCCAUCUUUCUUCCUCUACUGGGAAAGGGAGUGUCGACCAGAGCCCUAUAGAGGGAAGAGCGGCGACCGCGCAGGGGCAAAGCCGACCGCGUGUCACGUGACACACGCAGCGGCAACAGGAAAGGUAAUUAAGUUUGAAGUAGAGAACCUGGCGUGAAUGGAUGAAAACGCAAAGUCCUCUCGAGCCACGGAACCAGAGUUAUGGAGUUAUGGAAGAUCCGUGUUUCUCUCUUUCGUUCGUUCUCCGUCAUCGGUGGUGCCCGGUGUUUGGCUCCGUUGCCACGACAACUGCAGAUGAUCGAUCCAUGCGGAACCAUGUUGGACAGGAAGAACGACACCGUAAUCUGUCCUCUAGCGGCGGGAGACGGUUUUUCACUAGUACCGACACAGGAAGAAAAAUAAAAGAAACAGCAGCUGUAAUGAUUUAUAGUGAGGUCAAAGUUCAAUGUCCGCAGUAAAGUAGUGCACGUCGUAGAAAAAGUAACGUAGAAAAAGUUCCAGCAGUAAGAAUGACUUUUCCGAACAUGGAUGUGCGUGAGUACUUGUCGCGCAUUGGCUUCGUGGGCCCGGCCGAGCCCACUCUGGACGUCCUGCGCUCGGUCCACAUGUGUCACCUUCUGUCGGUACCGUUUGAAGACCUGACCGUGCACAGCGGCGGACGAGUCCAACUCGAACUUCCACUUCUGUACGACAAGAUAGUGAACCGGCGCCGGGGCGGGUUCUGCUAUGAGAAUAAUGGACUCUUCUCCUGGCUGCUGUCCGAACUCGGUUUCCAAGUCACCCUGCUCUCCGGUCAGGUGAGGAACGCAAUCACGGGCCGCUACGGCCCACCGUUUGACCACCUGGUCGUCAUGGUGACCCACGAGGGCCGGCGGUGGCUGUGUGACGUCGGGUUCGGAGGUCCGGGCUUCAGUGUGCCCAUGUCUCUGGAGACCAGCGCGGCCCAGGAGCAGGGCCACCGGCUUUACCGCAUCAGACAGGAGACGGGGAUCUACGUCCUGGAGUGGCAAAAGGAUGAAGACACGGGUGCAGAGGGAGACUGGACCGAGAUCUACAAGUUUACCCUCGAGUCCAGACUCCUGACGGACUUCACUGACAUGUGCCAGUAUCACCAAAGCUCCCCGAGCUCCAUCUUCUUCUGCAAGUCUUUCUGUACAGUUUUAAAGCCAGAUGGGAGGCUCACAUACAUUGGUCGCAGGUUAAUCACGAUCACAUUUCCCACAGAGAAGACAAAGGGAUUGUUGGAAACCUCAACAAGGGAACUUGAAGAUGAGGAAAUCCCUGGGAUUCUAGCAGAGAGAUUUGGCAUUGUUCUCGACUCUCGACUCGUACCAAAGGAUGAGGCGAUAACACCACCCCCAAUCAUAUACUGAGAAAAUUCCUUGGGAAUUUGUUCCACCUGUUAUUAAUUUAUCUUUUCUCUUACUGCAAACUGUCCUAUAUAUUUAAAUGGAAGUAAUAUCUAAUAAUCUAUAAAUGUUCAGGUCAUUUUUUCCAGGUAGAGAUGUUUAGUUUAAGGCCAAAAUGAGUUUUAAUUAAUACCAUAUAGAUUUUCAAAAACACACUAAGGAAAUUGUCAAUUUGAUUUAAUAAAUUAUACAUAAACUUUUAA